AGCGACCCGGUGACCGACGGCUUCGACCCAUCCUCACAUGAUGUCAGCCUGCAAGUGCACCACUCAUGGAUAUAUAUAAAAUGAACCAUCUACACUAGUUACUCAUUCGUUAGUUUGUGCUCAACAAGAAAACUUAGCAAGAUGCUCAAAUACGUGACAGUAUUGUGUGUGUUAGCCGCGAUGUGCGCAGGCGCACCGCAGCCUCAACAGAACCCCCAGGAAGUCCAGAUCCUGCGUUUCGACAGCGAUGUUCAACCCGAUGGCUACAACUUCGCAUAUGAGACCAGCGACGGCACAUCCCGUCAAGAGGAAGGAAAACUCGACAACCCACAAUCCGAAAACGCUGCCUUGACAGUUACAGGACAGUACGCGUACGUCGCUCCUGAUGGCAAGCACUACACCGUCACCUUCACCGCUGGACCAAACGGCUUCCAACCCAAAACUUCUCUCGGACAGAAGUAAAUUAUGAAUACUAUAUCAUUAACACCAACGCAAUUCCAAACUUAGCCGUGUCCUGUCUGAGCAAGCCUCGCGAAGUGGAUCGACGCGACGCGAAAGUGGCGAUGCGACGCGAAAAUAUUGAAUGUAUGUACGUAUAUGGCUGUGUUCUGUAUAGUCUAUACAGGACACUAAUAUACAGCCAUCCAUUUGAUAUGGUCGCGACGCUUUGUUUCAAUGAAGUCAAUCAUGUCAUGCUCGUGCGAGGUGACACCUAUAUCAUCUUAUAGUUACCUCAGGCGAAGCAUAUCACGUCCUAGCCGACCAUGUCCUUGUAAUUCCUCUCUCAGUCAGGGCCUGGCUAAUCGGAUACCAACAACGCUGUGCAUUGUCGGGACUUGCAACUAUGUUAUCUUGCCUCCAGUACGUGAACCUUGUAAAUACUCUUUCUAUAUAGUUUCAUACUUAAAGUUAACCCGAUACCUAUCCGCUACUCGAUCUCAGCUGUAUUCUGUCUGAGCAUAAAGAAAACGAAAUGCGAAUCUAAAUUCUUGUGCCAUAAGAAUACCUUUGUACUUUUAUAAUUUUGUAAAGACUCUUGAUUUAUGAUUUAUGAAUAAAGUUUUUUAAUAAAAAUCAA